CGGCGGCGGUGGCGGCGGCGGCGGCGGCGGGGGCCGGGCGAGCGGGACGGCGUAGCGGCGGCGGGUCGGGGCGGCAGAGGCGCGGCGGCGCUCGCCGGGGGAAACAAAGACCGGCGGCGGCGCUGCGGCAGCGGGCGGGACUGGUAUGGUGGUUCCACAGGGCAGACCGCGCUGCACUCACCGGGAGGAGGCGGCGGCAGUGGAGGAGGAAGGCGGCGCAGCUGGAGAGGCAUGCCCAAAGAAAAAUACGAGCCCCCUGACCCCCGGAGGAUGUACACAAUUAUGUCCUCUGAGGAAGCAGCAAAUGGAAAGAAAUCACAUUGGGCAGAGCUUGAAAUAAGUGGAAAAGUAAGAAGCUUAAGCUCAUCUUUGUGGUCACUAACUCACUUGACAGCUUUGCAUCUGAGUGACAAUUCCCUGUCCUGUAUUCCUUCAGACAUUGCCAAGCUUCACAAUCUGGUAUAUCUGGACCUGUCCCAUAAUCAAAUCCAGAGUUUACCGGCAGAACUCGGAAACAUGGUAUCACUCAGGGAGCUCCAUUUAAAUUACAACCAGUUACGAGUUCUACCUUUUGAGCUGGGAAAACUGUUUCAGUUGCAGACUUUAAGCCUGAAAGGAAAUCCACUUACCCAGGAUAUAUUAAACCUCUGUCUGGAACCAGAUGGAACAAGGAAGCUACUGAACUAUUUGCUUGAUAAUUUGUCAGGUACUGCAAAAAGAAUUUCAACAGAACAACCCCCUCCAAGAUCUUGGAUCAUGUUACAAGAACCAGACAGAACAAGGCCAACUGCCUUGUUUUCUGUCAUGUGCUAUAAUGUUCUUUGUGAUAAAUAUGCGACCCGGCAGUUAUACGGCUAUUGUCCAUCAUGGGCACUAAAUUGGGACUACAGGAAAAAGGCCAUCAUUCAAGAAAUCUUGAGCUGCAAUGCCGAUAUUAUAAGUCUUCAGGAGGUUGAAACGGAACAGUAUUACAGUUUUUUUCUGGUAGAGCUGAAAGAACGUGGCUAUAAUGGAUUCUUUAGUCCUAAAUCUCGAGCUAGGACGAUGUCAGAGCAAGAGAGAAAACAUGUUGAUGGCUGCGCAAUAUUCUUCAAGAUAGAAAAAUUUACUUUGGUUCAGAAACACACUGUAGAAUUUAAUCAGCUAGCAAUGGCAAAUUCAGAAGGGUCUGAAGCUAUGCUGAAUAGAGUCAUGACAAAAGAUAACAUUGGAGUUGCAGUACUACUAGAACUUCGAAAGGAAUUGAUUGAAAUGUCAUCUGGAAAACCACAUCUUGGAACAGAAAAACAACUUAUUCUUGUGGCUAAUGCUCAUAUGCAUUGGGACCCUGAAUACUCUGAUGUGAAGUUGGUACAAACUAUGAUGUUCCUCUCAGAAGUGAAAAAUAUUAUUGAUAAAGCCUCUCGAAGCCCCAAAUCCAGUGUACUGGGAGAAUGUGGAGCUAUUCCACUUGUGCUGUGUGCAGAUCUGAAUUCUUUGCCAGACUCGGGUGUUGUAGAAUAUUUGAGCACCGGCGGAGUAGAAACAAAUCAUAAAGACUUUAAGGAACUGAGAUAUAAUGAAAGUCUUACAAAUUUCAGCUGUAAUGGGAAGAAUGGAAUGACCAAUGGAAGAAUCACUCAUGGUUUCAAGUUGAAGAGUGCCUAUGAGAAUGGCCUGAUGCCUUACACAAAUUACACAUUUGAUUUCAAGGGUAUAAUUGACUACAUCUUCUACUCUAAACCUCAGCUGAACACAUUAGCCAUCCUGGGGCCUCUGGACCACCACUGGCUAGUGGAGAAUAACAUCAGCGGCUGCCCACACCCACUGAUUCCCUCCGACCACUUCUCUCUGUUUGCACAAUUGGAGCUCUUACUGCCUCUCCUGCCCCAAGUUAAUGGCAUUCACCCUUCCGGCAGGAGGUAGUCCAGGAUCUUCAGAGGACCUUGGUUUUGCUUUUACUUGUAAACUUGUGACGAUCUGAAUAUAGAGGAGUGAGGUAUGGCCACUGGGGGUUUUCUCAAUGAGGAUUUGAAUUUUCAGUCUGAUAGUUGAUGUGAGGUUCUUGUGUGAAAGCCAGGUGCUAGCAACAGCAAAUUCUGAAUGCAGUAUCUUUAUACACUGCUAGACAGGGAUUGGUGUGCUCACACCCAUCUUUAAUUUGUUACAAGUAAUUUUCCUGUUUCUUCUCUCCAGUAUAAUAUUUUCAUGCCUUGAAAUAGGAAAAUGUUUGAGCAGCAUAUUCUGUCUACACAGAAAUCUGUAGCACUACUUUUUUGAGGCCAGUAAUAACAUCCAGAGACCAUUCUUCCAGGCUUUACUCCCUCUUUUUCAGACUUGUUUGUAAAAUGUAGAAUUUGAAUUUAGCCUUUAUGAUUGUAUAUGAUCCAUAGAAGACCUGAUUUAUGAAAUUUUGUACUAAAAAAUCAAAUUUGAAAACAGUUGUAUUAUAAACUAAGGCUAUUUUUUUUUAACCCAUGUCCUAUGUUCUGAAGGCCAGCUGGUAAAAAGGUUGCAACAGACUUUCUCUGCAAUGAUUUGCACUGUUAGGGUUUUGUUGGCCCUUUUGUACUACUUUAUUUUUAAAUUGAGAACAUUACUCUUUAAAUCUGAGUCUUAGACCUUGGGACAUUUUCUUGGACCAGAAGCAACUUAUGUAUGAAUUCCUGAAUUUUUAUGAAAACUAUCUACCAGGACAGGUAAGCUGAUCUGUAGGCAUUUAUGGACUGAAUAUGAUAGUUAAUAUAUGUACAUUGUGGUAUUUUUAAAUCUUUAACUUUUUUAAGUUAAAAAAUUGCAGCUGCUUAGGAACAGCUUCUUAACUCCUUUCUGAGAUACCCUCUGUCCUUUCUCCACUGUGCCUGCCUCAAUUUGUUCUCACCAAGCACUGCCUGUGCAUGCAGAGAAAAUCUGUGCAUCUUUUAUAUUUUUUAAAAACUGUAACAUUUGUGAGAAUUUUAUGAAGAUGCUUUUUUAUGAGCUGUGGCUUUCCCUGUUGGUGGCACAUUUUGGAACAUGUUCAUCGAGUCCUGGGGCUCUGCGCACCAGCCCUGAGCACUGCUUCUUGUGUUGUUGCACAGUGCCGCUUGUCACCCAGAAUAUGACUAUCAUGUGCAUUCCUUACUCUCUUACAUUUUUAAAAUCAUUCCUUUUUUUAAGAAGAAUAAUUUUCCAUUUUUGAAGCACUAUAAAUUAGAUGCAUUUCAAAACCGGUUCCUAAGACAAUUGUUCAGAUCAUUUUUAAAGUGACUAAUUUUAAUGUGUCAGCCAAGAUGAAAGUUAUACCAUACCCUGUAUUUUGCCCAUAGUGCCAUUAGUAGCUUAGAGGUAAAGUCACCUUUAGCUUCACAGAGUUAACUGGUGUGUUCUGUUCUUGGUCACUGGUUCUCUUUACAAAUCAGAUGAACCUCGGAGAGAACCCAGUCCAGCUGCUUUUGUUUCAUCUGCAGGCAGGGGAGCAAAAGGAUGCCAUGGAGCAUUAAAAGAAUUGUUGAAUGUUAUUAACAGUUUUUAUACAGAGACUCAGUCAUUCUGGAUGACUUAAAAUUUUAUGAGAAAACAUUUAAUUGUUUGUGCUUUUUUAAAGAGGAAAUAAAAUUACAUACUGUUUAAAUAAAUGAAAAAAAUUUUUUCUUUUUUUAAAAAGUUCUCUGAAAGGUCUUGAUCUUGAAUUUAUCCUGGACCUGCUUUUUCCUUUAAGUUUUUUGUUUGUUUGUUUGUAAAUCUUUAUUGUGAUGGUGGGUUUUUGUUUGUUUGUAGAUUAUUUUUCUCUUUGUUUAAGUUGUGCUGACACCAAACACAUCCAAUUUAUAAUCAGUACGUUGGUAUAGAACCAGUGCGUGACUUCUUACAGUGUUUUUGUUGCUCUUUGUGUGUGAAGUGUGAAUAUGUGUUUACUCAUUUUUCUUAAACACUGUGUUGGUAAUGUGCAUCAUGACAAUUUCCAGGGAGGGUGAGCUGGAGCUGGCUGGACUGAUGAGACUAAGGAAGCCACUUUUCCUGUGAUCUACAUUGUGGACUCGCAGGUCCAGAUAGCUUUGUGUAAGGACAGGGAAGGAGCACUUAUGUUGUACUUGUUAACGGAAGAUGUAUUCUUUUCAUAGAUGCUGGAACUAGAGUGCACUUGUUAGAUGAUAAAGGUUUGAGCUUUACACAAAAUGUUUUCAUCUGUAUUUGUUGUUGUCUACGGUAUAUUUGAAUUGGGAGGCAGCAUAUUAAGAUGCAAUUGCCUGUUAUGUCUUGAAAAUACUAGUUUUGCCUCUUUCGGGCAUACUACAUUCUGUGGGUCAGUUUAAACAUCUUCUCCACCUUGUUUAGAUAGUGAAAAAUUGAACCAAGAGUGUAGAUUUACAACUGUAACCUUCAAAGGAGAAAUAUUUUGAAUCUAUAGGUAAUAAAUGAUCACACCAAAAUAGACUGAUACUUUUGUUAAACAAGAUUUUAUGUUUUAAAAUUUGUGUCCUUAAUAAUUUCCAAUAAUCUAUACUCACUUAAAUACAGCAGAAAAUAGUCUGUUUUCAUGAUGUAGAUUAUUUUUUAAGAAUUCUGUAAUAAAUAUAUGUAAUGUUUUGCCAUAAUGUAAUUUCAGUGUUGUUGCUGGAUAAAUAUCCAUUUUAGGAAUGUUUUACAGAAUAUUUGGAGUCUGUUUCCUAUUUUAAGGAUGAGAAGAUUGGAGGCACUCAAUUCCUUGUAAAUCUUUUGAAGUACAGUUUACAGUAUUGGUGGUAAUUAUUUAUGCUUUGAGAAUUUAAAUAAUGUUCAUCAAAAUUAAUUUAUAGCAUAAUUUAAACUGAAGUUGUAGAACUAAAUUGUUGAUUGCAACUUUAAUAGUCCCAGAACAUAGUCAAAGAACAUCUCCAAGAAAUGUUUUGCUUGUAUCUUUGAUUUGGUGAUUACCAGGAAAACUUACUUUGUAUUAGCACUUUGAAACCUAAAGAUAUAAUUAAAUUGGGUAGAAUGCACUUCUAAAUGUUUAAAUUAUAAUUUCAAGUCUCUUCUAAGAUUCAGUUUUUCAAUAGUAUGUUCAAGUUAUGGAGUUCCGCUUUUUUACUAAAGUUACAGAAUUAGUUUCCAUCAUGACUUUCAGGUUUGGUAGUCAUUUUAUAGGAUGAAGCCAGCCUAGGCAAGAUCAUUUCAGGCAUUUGUCUUUGAAUGAGUCAGAAUAUCCAGUACCAGCUGGGUGUGGUGGCUCACUUAAUCCUGGCACUUGGGAGCUAGAGGCAGGGGAUCUCUAUGAGUUCAGGGCCAGCCUGGACUACAUGCAAGUUCCAGGCCACCAGCUGGGGCUCAAUAAUGAGACCCUGUCUCAAAGAGUAGGAGUGGAGGGAAGAAGCAGAAUUCCAGUUAUAGGUAUUGGCAGGACCUCAGAACACAAGCCAGUGUCCCCCAGGCACAGGCAGUAUUUUAAGAUGCUUACUUUGCCCCUUUGGUUACAUAAUUUUAAAAACUGGUAUGUUGAUGUAGUGUCUGAAAUAGAGUAGUCUUUAUUCACAGUACAUUAUAUGUGUAAUGCACUGGACUAACUCUUGUUUACCAUUCAUGUAACAAAACCCAGCACAUUAUCUGCACUAAGUUCAAAGAAUGUCACAUUUGCCUAGGCAGCUCUUUGAUAAGGGUAAUGAGAAACUGAAUUUAUACCAUAUGGACUGGUGGUAGCAAGGGCUUUUACUGUUCUUUUCAGUGGAAUCUUCUUGGUCAAAUUGUAACUAGCUAGUAUUAUAUUUAUAUACAGGGUCUCUUUUUCCUUACCAAUGUAUUUUCCUACUCAUAGCCAACCAAUAAAUUCAAUAUCUGUUUCAAAUAUUUUAAAGUGUAAUUUGUACAGCUGUAGUACUGAGGUUUCAGAAAAAAACAAAUGUUAGCCCACAGGCCCACAUUUGACAAUUCUGAGGCUUCUGGGGCAGGGUUACAGCUCACCCUUCCAGGGAGGAGCAAGUAUGGACAUGACCACUCUAAUGCGAAGCACUAAGAGUCUUUCCCAUUGGCUGUGUUACUCUGUAUAACACUCAUUGCCAAAGUUCAGUUUUGUAUUUAGGUACCCUAUGGUCCUUUUGCAUUUAGGACUUUUUUUGUUGUUGUUGCCAUAUACCUCAUAAGAAAUGGCCUCACCUGUCUUCCGUGUUUUGGAAGGAGAUUGACAUAUUUUAAAUAAAUGCUUUCAAAUAUAGUAGCAAACAUUGUGUUGGAGUUAUACUAAUUAUUAACGGUCUUAAUGUGUUACAUAUAUAAAUUUUGUUGCAUAUAUGACCUGUAAAAGGUGUGAUUUCCCCAGUCUUCAAAUGUGGGCUUAUGGUUUUAAAAAAAAACAAAAAAAUUGAUUACUUUUUUUAGAAAGUACUUCUCAGCGAGGAGAUGUCGAUGCACACACAUAUCAGGAGAAUGAGGCGGAGGGGUCAUGACUUCCAAGCUCCCCUCUUAAAAAGUAAGGGAGGGUCUGGUGGUGCAUGCCUUUGAUCCCAGCACUCUGGAGGCAGAGGCAGAGACGGUGCAUCUCUUGAGAUCAAAGCCAGCCUGGUCUACAUAUUGAGUUCUAGGCCAGCUGGGGCAACAGAAAGACCCUGUCUCAAAAAACAAACAAUUACAAAAAUAAUAAAAUAAAAAGAGGGAGGACUGCUCCCAUAACAUAGUUUUUAUAUAUGUGCUAGAAAACAUUUUUAGAUUAAAUGGCUAAUUAGAGAAAAUGUCUGCUGAGGCAUUAGUUUCUUAAACAUGUGCUACCUAAACCUAAUUUGUUACUUGGCCUCUGUAUGACAAGUCUUCUAUAUAUUUGUUAAAAAUAAAUGUAAAAAAUUAA